AUGCAAACGUGCAGGUGUCUCCCGCUAAAUGCUACAGUCAUUUGCCUGAUUGCCGAGACAUUAGGACAGCGUGUCGAGUGUUGCUUGGAACGUGCCCCACAACAUAAUCGCCCUUUUGUUUGCUUUUAUCUUUCAGAUGCACUCACCUGGGCCCAGGUGAACGUGGAACCCAACACAGCGCUCCUCAACGAAGGCGAUCGCACUGAGCUGCUCUGCCGCUACGGCAGAUCCAUCAACUACUGCCGCAUCGAGAUUCCCGGCGAGCAGAAGGUCCUCAACCUGUCGCCGGAGUGGAGCAAGACCCCCGGAUUCACGUACUUCGGAGCGGGUCUCACGGCCGGACAGUGCGGCGUCAGCAUCGAGAGGGUCAAGGCCAGCAACAAUGGCCAGGUCAAGUGCAGUCUGGGCGUCGAGGGAGAGGAGCUGUCGGGCACCAUCGACCUGGUCGUGGCAUUGCGUCCGCAGCAGCCCAUCAUCGAGCUGCUGUCGCGGCCAAAUCGCGAGGGCUACUUCAACGAGGGAACUGAAUUCAGGGCCCGCUGCAGCGUUCGCGAUGGUCGUCCGCCGGCGAACAUCUCGUGGUACAUCGACAACAUGCCGGCCAACAAGCGGACCACUCCCCUGGAGGUCAUGUCCUCGACCAACGACAACGUGGAGCUAUCGACCUCCGUGCAGGAAAUCCAGUGGCACCUGUCGCCCGAGGACAGCAACCGGAAACUGGUCUGCCGCUCCCACCACCAAACCGAUCGCGAGAGUGUGCCGCCCCAGGAAGCUGCCUACAUCAUCAACGUGCGCUACGCUCCCGUCCACCAGCCAGAUGCCGCCGUGUAUGGACUCUAUCUCGAGCACACUGCCAUUGUGAACAUAACCAUCCGCGCCAGUCCGCAGCCCAAGAUCGAGUGGACCAUCGAUGGAGCAAUCGUGGGGCAGGGACGCACCGACGGACGCUACUCGGCAUACGAGCCGCAGUAUCUGGGCAACGAUGAGUACAACGUGACACUGGCCAUUGCCGGCCUGACCCUGGAAGAUACCACCAAAAUCUACAAUCUGCGGGCCAGCAAUGAACUGGGACUGACGGACUACCAGGUGCGCAUCAGUUCGUCAAGCAAACCGCCCAGCAGCAGCCUCGAUGUGGCCGCAAUCGUUGGCAUUGUGGUCGCCGUUGCCGUUUUGGUCCUGGUCGUUUUACUGAUUGUUUUUGCACGGGCUACUGGCCGAUGGUGUUUUGGCGGCAAAUCAAUCAAGACGCCCACAAACGAAACUGAGAUCGAUAGGCAACUGGAGUUGGGCGCCCAGCAGAAUCAAGGGCAAAACGUAGCCCUCUUGGAAACCCCCAAUGGCAUAACCUUGUUGGGAGCCAGUAAACUGCGCGAGGUCAACGGAAAUGGCCAGCAGGAUCGGUUGUCGGUUGUGGAAAGACGCCACCACGAUGAAGAUGACAGCUUUGAGUACGGAACGGAUCGGGAGAGCAGUGUCUAUAACCCCACCACGCGACCUCUGAAGAGCAUUCUGAUGAGCCAGGCGGCCGGACGCAACUCCCGGAGCUAUGGCAGCGAUAAGGAGGAUGGCAACGAGAAUGCCGAUCUGCUGCAGAAGGGAAACCAGCUGGGGAUUCCCGAAUCGCGCUUCUCCCGCUGGCUGCCCAAGGAUCAACGUGAGCUGAUCGAGAAGCAGGCGAUGUUGCUUUCGGGAAGGGGCAAGUCCCCGGCGCCGGCCACUCCCCCCAAGCCACAGAGACCGCAAGUCGGAGGCGUAAAUGGCACACAUACCACUAGCACUAACACUGCCACAACGACGACGACACCGACGACGCCGACGACGCCAAAGUUGCCACAGGAAACGGAAAUCUGAGCGUGCGCGCGUGUGUGUGUGUGCGCACAUGGCGCUCGUAUUUAUUUAUUUCUUUUUCGGUACAGGAAACGCCCAGCAGGAUUAACAAUGGAGCAGUUUUGUGACCAUCGGGAACUUUUAGGGGGGCAGCCAAAAGUGUCAGGAGUUACAGCUGAUGUCUCAGAGCCAACUCAACCUAUAAAAAUUAAGCUUAGCAGGCAUAGGCAAACCAUUUCACAACCCCAUUUAUCAAAUGAGAGCACCAUGAUGUGAAAGGAUUCCUAUUUUACGAGUGGUUACUGUUUGCUAAGUAAUUUUAGCAAAGUAUUUCCAUUAUUUCCAACCGGAAUAUGAAUAUGAAAACCUCUUCCUAUAAUAACUGGGCUUAAUAAUUAAUAAGUAAGGUGGAAAAAGUUGUAUAUAGUGAUGGUUUAAAAAGACUAGGCUGAUAUAUUUCCUAUUUGCUGAUAUUUGGAUGAUUCCCAGUAAAUUCCCAGAUGAAAACCUAAAGAAAGAUUAGAAAAGUUCCAUCGCAAAACUGACCCCAUAUUAGAUUCUAAGCUUGGUAAUAACUCACGAAAGUCUAUUUUCCUGAACAACAAAACACAAACGAAACAUUAAGCCUUUAAUAAAUUAACGAAACUGAUUUAUUUCAUAGAGAUUAAGCCGGCAUGAAAUUAAGUUUUUAUCGAAUACUAUUAAACGAAAGAGUUUGCAUGGCAAGCAUGAAGCAACAAAUAAUUGUUUUGCGCAUAUAUAAUAUUUUUAGUAGUCACUGUAGAACAAAGUCGUCAAAUGAGAUAUCUAUCGAUCAUAUAUAGAAUGUGAAACAGUGUUCAGUCUAGACUCGCACAAUGUACUGUAAGAACGAAAAAACAGCUUCCACUAAAUUUCGAUCGUUUUAGUUGGUUUAAGUUCGAGUGCCUAAAACUAAAAAUAAUGUUAGUAAUUAAACACACGAACGAUAUAAAAUAGUUAGACUUUUGUACGUGUUCUUUUCUUAUUAUUUUUUACAAAACGUAUGUUUAAUAUUUAACAACAAUAAAUAUUGUUAAAAGUGCGA